UAACAAGCUUCAAAACAUAUAUUAAUUGUCAUGCUCUCCUUCGUCAAUUACCCACCUCUUGAAAGUUGAUCACCAUUUCAAUAAUAGGUGCUUUAAGGCCUUCUUACCUCCUCCAAAGGCUCGCGAAUUCUUCCCACAAAGUUUAGAAAACAUGGGCGGCUGCGCGAGCAAACCUAAGGAAUCUGAUGUGAUGCCUCCAGAGGCUGUCCCAAGCGAGGCUCCUGUUAGCCCCAAGAACGCUGAGACUGAGGCUGAGAUUAAGGCCGACGCCGAGGCUGCUGCUGACGAGAGCAAGGAGCAGAAGAAUAAUGGAGGUGAGAAACAGAAUGAAGCACCUUUGGUUGAUCUCUCUGAGCCAAAACAGGAGUGUGGAGAGGCCGCCUCCGAUGAGCCAAAACCCGCUGUUAUUGAGCCUGUUUCCGCUGAUUCAGCUGCUGUGACUGCCCUGCAAAAUCCAGAGGAUAAGGUUGAAACUGCUGCAAUUGCUACAACUGUUGUCACCAAGGAGGAGGUGAAGGAGAAGGAGAAGGAGAAGGUGGCUGAAGCCAAAGUAGAAGACAAAAGUGACGCACCUCUUGUUACUCUUUGAUGCAAUUGCUGCAAUUUGUAUUGCACAGAUUACUAGAAGAUAAAAAGAGGUUCGCAUUGCCAAGAUGAGACUUUAUUGAUUCUUUAUAUCUUGUAGUGAAAGAAUUCGGAACCUUCCACUUUCAUUUUUCUUUUUCAAAAUUAAAUAACAUCAAUUAAUUUUGGUAUUAAAUCA